AUGAAUGCCCUGGCAGUUUUGUCAUUUAUACUAUGGAUCCAUAAGUCGCUUUCCAUUUACCCCGUUCUAGAGGAAGAAGUAGGAUUUGUCCGAGGAGGAAUAGAGAAUGCAAACUCGAACUAUUCCUACCCUCAAAAUCUAAAGGGGAGAAUCCCUCCUACCCUGUCGAGCUACGGCUAUCCGGAAGAAAAUGUGCAAUGGACUGUAGACCAGUCUUCGGGGUUUACAAAGACUCCCUAUGGAACCAUCAACUAUCCAACUUACUGGGAAAAUUCUGAAAGUAAACACGUACCGCAAGAGCAUGAAUACGAGGUGUGUACCCUAGACAGGGCGACGAGAAUUAGAGGUGCCUCUGAACCCACGAUCAAGAGAGAAGAUAUUGAAUGUGUUCUUUGUACCGUUGGGAAUGGAAUAAAGACUGGCGUAAGUUACGCCAUAGAAACUGGUAAGGCUGUUGUCGAGUGCGUUAAGCCGUACGUUUGCGAUUUCGUGGAGGCCGGCGUACGGCAUGCAUCGAAUUUUCUGGAAGAAAAAGCUCCAACUUUGCAUGAGGGAUUAACCUACGCUGCUCCUAUAGUCAAGGGCGUCGUAAAGGGCACGGCCAAAGUAACUGCAAAAGUAGCAACUGCCGCCACAAACUACGCCGUGGAGAAAGCGCCCGCAGUCGGAGAGGCGAUCAUUGAUGUAACUACAGAUGCACUCAAUUACGUUUGUGACGCCGUUCCUGUUGUCAAGGAUAAGAUCAUUAGCGGAGCAACUAAUGCAGUGGAUAGUACAAAAGACUACAUUGCAGAAAAGGCACCCAUUGUUAGGGACAAGAUUCUAGAUGGAGCGGCUUUUGCCAUGGAUAAUGCAAAGGUUUAUAUUGCUGAGAAGGCUCCAGUCGUUAGAGAUAGGAUUUUAGAUGGAGCCAAUUUUGCUGUAGAAAGUACAAAAGACUACAUUGCAGAAAAGGCACCCAUCUUCACAGAUAAAAUCGUAAGUGGAGCCAACUGCGCAGUGUAUAGUGCCAGAGAUUACAUUUCAGAAAAUGUGCCAGUCGUGGCAGGGAAAGUUUUGGGAGGAAUAAACUACACCGGCAAAGUUCCAUAUACAGUUGUGCCAACUGCUCCUCCAAUGUACCUUGAUGUCCAGAAUACCGGAACAUACGCUCCACCGAGCUACAGGCGUGAGACCGGUGUGCCAGGUCUCUCCUAUGGGAAACCAGUUCCAAGGAAUGCGCGUAAAGCCUCGCAUGACCUGAUCGACGAGAUGGAUUAUCUGUUUGACGAUAGUGAUCCUGGACCCUGGUAGUUUUAUCCCCCCGUACUUAGCAGUGAUUUAAGUUUUGAAUGCAGUUGUUAUAAUUUCUAAUGUAGC